AUGGGACAAGACUCUAAAACCAUUAAGAACACAGUGUCAGUGAACCAGGAGCUGACAGCUGAGGAGUGGAAGAAGAAGUACGAGAAGGAGAAGACCAAAGGCCUGAAAUACAUGAUCCAGAAACUGGAGACCGAGCUCAAAAGCUGUAGAAAAGGUGAGGCUGUUCCAGUGGAGGAGCAGCUGAGCAGUAAGGAGAAGAAAGACCGUAGUGGUGACGCCACGGCCACACCCAUGAGCAACACCAUAGCCCCGCCCUGUGUCCCGCUAUUGGACGAGGAGAAGACCCGAUAUGAGGGGCUCAUCACCGACAUAUACCAGCAGCUAGAUGACAAGGAUGAUGAGAUCAACCAACACAGCCACUGGGCAGAGAAGUUCAAGGAGCAGAUGAUCGAUCAAGAUGAGCCAGAAGCUGGAUGUACAGGAAGGUUUGGAACUAGUUUUGGACAGAGGGAGCUGACCAGUCUACAGGAGCUCAGUAGUUAUCAUAAGAAGAGAGCAGCAGAGAUUCUCAGUCUACUGCUCCGAGACCUCAGUGAGAUAGGAGGCAUCAUCGGCACCAGUGACCUCAAGGCUCUGGAGAGCUCCCUGGCCGACACCUCCCGCAGGAUGCAGGCCAAUGAGAAGGAUCUGGUCUCCUGUCAGUUACUCAUUGCCCAGCGCCAGGCUAAAAUCACGUCUCUGACAGACUCCAUGCAGCGCCAGGCUAAGAUCACGUCUCUGACAGACUCCAUGCAGCGCCAGGCUAAGAUCACGUCUCUGACAGACUCUAUGCAGCGCCAGGCUAAUAUCACGUCUCUGACAGACUCCAUGCAGCGCCAGGCUAAGAUCACGUCUCUGACAGACUCUAUGCAGCGCCAGGCUAAGAUCACGUCUCUGACAGACUCCAUGCAGCGCCAGGCUAAGAUCACGUCUCUGACAGACUCUAUGCAGCGCCAGGCUAAGAUCACGUCUCUGACAGACUCUAUGCAGCGCCAGGCUAAGAUCACGUCUCUGACAGACUCUAUGCAGCACUCCAUGCAGCGCCAGGCUAAGAUCACGUCUCUGACAGACUCCAUGCAGCGCCAGGCUAAGAUCACGUCUCUGACAGGCUCCAUGCAGCGUCAGGCUAAGAUCACGUCUCUGACAGACUCCAUGCAGCGUCAGGCUAAGAUCACGUCUCUGACAGACUCCAUGCAGCGCCAGGCUAAGAUCACGUCUCUGACAGACUCCAUGCAGCGCCAGGCUAAGAUCACGUCUCUGACAGACUCCAUGCAGCGCCAGGCUAAGAUCACGUCUCUGACAGACUCCAUGCAGCGCCAGGCUAAGAUCACGUCUCUGACAGACUCCAUGCAGCACAAAAUGAAGGAGGUGCAUGUGAUGGAUAAACAGAAGGAGCACCUGACCAAACUGCAGGAUGCAAUAGAGAUGAAGAAGAGCCUAGAGGAACAGAUGGAGAACCAUAGAGAGGUCCAUCAGAAGCAGCUGUCCCGUCUGAGAGAUGAGAUGGACCACAAGCAGAGGGUCUUGGAGGAGCUCAAGCACAGCAGGUGGUAGCUGGUUUUUGCUGUUGGACCUACACAUCUCCUCUCCGUUCUGGACCUGAACCCACACUGAGACUGUCUUGGAUACUCUUUCUCUAUGGAUCUGAUUAUCUAACCACUGGGAACAAUCCUCCUCUCCUUCUCUCACCACUCUGCCUUUACUGGGACUUCAGACUCCUCAUUCCCAAACAAACACUCUGUAUGCCAGAUAUCCUUAUUAAGGUCUCCUCUCCUCAUGGCCAAGAGGAAAGAGAGGCUCCUUAAUGCUGAACAAGUUCUUUUCAUCUCUAUCUCCUCCUUUAAUCGCUCUUACUCUACCUCUGUGUCUGGUGCUCUCUCUCUUUCUCUUUCUCUCUCGUUCUGUCUUUUUCUUUCUCUCUGAGUGAUAUUGUGUAAUGAGCUACUUUACUGUAUGUUGUUGAGGAUGCUGUCUCUCUGAUGCUCGUUCAGUGUUGUAUCUUGUGAAAUAGACUGGUUUUCCUAUAAGAGAAAUUGUGAGAAAAAAUGGUUUGGAGGGUCACAUUGAAUAUGGUUGUUUAGGGGUUUCUGCCUGACACCAAUACCCUCAAAAACACUAGAAUGGCCACAGAUGUUGUUAAAGAUUAAAAGUCACUGUUAUGAUUGUAGUGUGUUUUAGAACUCACAUAGGGUUACUGAUGGCUGUCUGGAUCACUUUCAAUAGUAGAUGUUAGUGUUUUGAAAGUCACACUUUAUUUCAUAGUGAAUUUGGUUGAUUUCAUUAUUUACACAACUUUGAUAUCAGCUAUUUAUUUUAUACAUUUUAUUUAUGCAACAUUGAUGUUAGUCAUUUGAACAUUUGCUUUGACAAUAUCACACACCAGUGAAGUAACAUGAAGAGUUCAUGAUCAGAGAUGACUAAUCUACUCUAUAUAUACAGUAUGUUUCUCAUGUUUUUGAGAAGCACAUGGGUGAGAUACAGAACAACUAUCUCCUUGUGAACUAUUAGAAUUCCAAUUAUGUAUCCAAUAUGUGUUUAAUCAUUGUCCAGCUACAGGAGCAACAGUCUAAAACUGCAUUGGUUUGUUGAGAUAGAACCUUGAAUUUCUUCUUAGGUUUCAGGGGGAGUUGAAUCUUUUAAUAUGUGUCACAUGCAAACCCGAGUCGAAAUUCUUGAAUGAGGUAAUACGAAGGCAAAUCUGAGGGAUCGUACAGCUUAGGAAAAUAUUCAAAUGUAAGGAAUUAGAACUAAAAGAUGGUCAUUCUAUUCCUUCCUUUGCUGGGUUUCCUGUUGGGGUUUUAGACUAGAUCGUUUCACAUACCAGGCUGGUGUUUAAAGCAGAGUGCAUUGUGAAUAACUGACCUUCUGUAAAUGAAGGUAUAGGAUCACGUACCAAAAAGAUGAUUGAAUACCUGUGGUAUUCCGAAGUUGAUGAGAUGAUGAGACCUGUGAUUGGUUGGUUCUGCCAUGAUGCUGAUCAUCCAAUCAGCACAUCUUGCAGUGUAUGGGUUGUCUGAACUGGAGUAUUUGAGUUAUAGGGUUUAUUAGGGAUUUCAUGUUUGGUCUUUUUGGAUUUACGCUCUCCCCUCGAAAGAAGUAACGCAAUCAGAAUGGUUUAUAAAUGAUAAAUGGUUGUCAUUGUUUUCACUGGUCCAUUUCCUCCACGUCACUUGUCCACUUGUGAUCCACUUGUAUUCACAGUGCUAAGUGAUAGUCAGACAAAUGUUGAUGUAGAUAUAGGCUCUCGCUAAUGUACCAAAUGAAGUGCUUUGUUGAUAUCCAUGCUUUGUUGAUAUCCAUGCUUUGUUCAUAUCCAUGCUUUGUUCAUAUCCAUGCUUUGUUCAUAUCCAUGCUUUGUUCAUAUCCAUGCUUUGUUCAUAUCCAUGCUUUGUUCAUAUCCAUGCUUUGUUCAUAUCCAUGCUUUGUUCAUAUCCAUGCUUUGUUCAUAUCCAUGCUUUGUUCAUAUCCAUGCUUUGUUCAUAUCCAUGCUUUGUUCAUAUCCAUGCUU